AUGAAAAUAAUUUUUUUCAAUAAAAAUAUUCUCCGCCUCCUUUUUGUCUUGCUAUUUUCUUUGAAUAAUAAUUUAUGUAUAUCUUAUUUUUUUAUUAGGCAAUUUGUUUACUUAAGAAAAGCAUUUUUUAUGGGUAAGAUAAAUGAUUGCCAUGUAGAAGAAAAUAAUAACAUCGAUUCAAACAAGAGGGCGACGGCAUAUAAAAAAUGGCAUACAUAUCUCUCAUAUAAUAACACGAUUUUGCUUGAGAUAUCAUCUCAGUCCGGUCUCUAG